CCCAUAGACGGACGCUUGAACGGAGAGAACAGAGAGAUAGGGGGAUCACGUCCGAUAUGCGGCCUGAAAUUAUCGAGCUUUUGGCACGGAAACUAUCGCUCGCUCGCCGCCACAUGCGCCGAUGGAUUAUCCUCCACUCUCCCAACGAUUGCUCGCUGCCUGUAGAGGUAUGCGAGCGCAUCAUCGACAUGGUGGCCCAAAAGAGACAGCCGUGGAGGCAACUGGUGGGGAUGGGACAUUACCACCUCCAAGACACUGCACGCAUGCGCCCUGACCUGUCGCGCCUGGCUUCCCAGGAGUCGUUUCUAUCUCUUCCAGGUCGUUUCCGUGCAUUGUUCGCUGACCGGCAUACGGACCCUAGGUGACCUGAGCGCACUUCUCGAAUACUAUCCUGCACUACAGUCUCAUAUCCGUCGAAUAAUCGCUGAUCAAGGUCAAGAUGCCAUGCACCCCCGCCUACAUCUUCUCCCAACCAAACUUCCACGUCUAGUUCCACAUCUUGCGCAUCUCUUGCUCAAGGACGGCGUGCUAUAUGCCCCUUCCGUAUUUCAUGUCAUGAUGCGACAGUUUUCAUCCGUCCACUUUCUCUCCCUCCGUAGGGUCACGUUCUGUUCCGUUUCUGAUUUGUGCCGCAUGCUGUCGGCGCUGGUCCAGCUAAAGUAUCUCAGCAUCUCACACACGUCAUGGAACGCACUAGCAAGACAGAGUCAUCGGCUUCCAUACUCCGUACCGAGCCGAGUGCGCCUUUCAAUGCUCAUCAUCGAAGCCGACCGCGGGUGGACUUCCGACGGGCGUAGCGUGCGGUUUCUCAGCUGGUUGGCGCGCUCCGGCGUCGUCUCAUCUCUGUCUGCCGCCAACUUAAGAAGAACGAAGGUUUACGACGAUGCUAUGCUCGGAGCUGUCGAUGCAGUUCUUCACGCGGCGAAGAGGACGCUACUAGUGCUGAGCCUCGGCUUUGGGGUUGAAAUACAGCCCAGCAUCCUCAAGAGUACGAUCUCGAGCAUGACAAGCCUACGGGUCCUAAUGCUGCAAGCCCCUCACCAUCUGGCAUCCUUCCAGGAUGUCGUGCUCCUCAUCACGGAGUUGCAUUGCGGCACGCUCGAACAGUUUCGCCUCUGGCUCGAACAGUACCCUUCAUUCACGGACCCAAAGUCGGCAGAAUGGGCGAAGUUCGACCGCGCUUUACAGCUCCCACAAUAUGCUUCCUUAUCCCGCGUGACUGUGGGCCGGAUUCCACGGAUGGACAUAGGCAUGCCUUCCACAAUCCACGGCAGCUCGGACUGGUACGACUACAGGCCGUACUGGGACGAGCAAUGGGUCGCAGAGCUGAGGCUUCUGCUGCGGAUGACGCACAAGCGUGGCAUUUUGUGGUAUUGGCCUGCAUUCCAGCAGUGUCCGAUCCCAGUCCCCAAAGCGCGCGAGUUCGGCAUCAAAUUUCUGUCGCAUAACACCACCACAAAUCCUCCCACCAUCGUGUACAAGUAGACGUAAGCAGCGCACGCAUAUUUCCUGUUUAAAUAUUGUCGCAAUAUAUCCCCUCGUGCAACAGUGCCUGUACUUUCUUCGUGGCACACGGGGCGAACAUUAGCUAAAUUUUUCUGUGCGCUGCCAAUAACGAGGCAAAUGAUACAGUUCUCU